GAGAGAGAAGGGCACGAUUUCAUCAUAGAUAGCAAAACAAAACCUAUACUGCCUAAAAAGAAAGGAUUCGAUUUAUCGGCACGGAUUGUGCUUCCCCUUCUAUUAGCAAAAGGGAGUAGAAAGAAACAAACAAAGCGCUUGGAGAAUUUGCAGCGAACAACAGAGACUGAACAAAGCUAUUUCUUCUUCUGUUCUUUGAUUUUCAUCUCAUUGCAUUGUAUUGACGAUUGAAUUUGAAGACGAGGAAUCCCUCUGCAAUUCCGAUGCUUCUUUCAUGGCCGCCCCCCGCUGUCUUUUUCAAUUUCUGAUUCUCUCUCCCGCCCACUUCUCCUCUUCACCUCCUGCACUUCUCAGCUGCUUCCAUUCUUCUUUGCGGAGGUUUUACAAGUUCCGGCUACUCUAGGCUCGACCGCCCGUUUUUCUGUUUCUUAUUUUACUGGGUUUUAUCGAACCUAGGGUUUAGGGCCAGGGCUCUUCUGGUCCUUCAUUCUAGGGUUCUAGGCUGAGAGUUUUGUUUCUAGCUGGACGGUUUCAACGUUUGUCUUUUUUUGACACUCGGUCAAAUUUCCACUUAUUAUUGUGUUUUGAAAUUUGGGUUUCUCUAGGGCUCUGUUUUACGCAAUUUUGUUUUCUAGAUCAGUGCUGAGUUGUUUUAUUUUGUUGGAAAACAAUGAAUUGGCUACAAACAGCCUGAGGGGGAGGGGUUGUAGCUGGGUUCCGACGUAGAGAUGAUUGCAGAAAAACCUAGUUGGGUUAGGCAUGAAGGCAUGCAAAUUUUCUCGAUUGAUGUCCAACCUGGUGGACUGAGAUUCGCCACUGGAGGAGGUGAUCACAAGGUUCGGAUAUGGAAUGUGAAAUCUGUUGGUAGGAACUUAGAAGAUGAUGCUUCAAAUCAGAGGCUUCUUGCAACUCUUCGUGAUCACUUUGGGUCAGUUAAUUGUGUUAGAUGGGCUAAGCAUGGGCGUUUUGUGGCAUCAGGGUCUGAUGAUCAAACAAUUCUUGUACAUGAAAAGAAACCUGGUUCAGGGACCACUGAAUUUGGAAGUGGGGAGCCCCCGGAUGUUGAAAAUUGGAAGGUUGCUAUGACUUUGAGAGGGCACACAGCUGAUGUGGUGGAUCUUAACUGGUCUCCAGAUGACUCGAUAUUAGCAAGUGGGAGUUUAGAUAACACAGUUCACAUAUGGAAUAUGAGCAAUGGCAUAUGUACAGCUGUUUUAAGGGGCCACUCUAGCCUGGUCAAAGGAGUUGCCUGGGAUCCCAUAGGCUCUUUCAUAGCCAGCCAAUCAGAUGACAAGACAGUUAUUAUAUGGCGAACGAGUGAUUGGAGCCUUGCUCACCGAACUGAUGGCCAUUGGACAAAAUCUCUUGGAUCUACAUUUUUCCGGCGUUUAGGCUGGUCUCCUUGUGGACAUUUCAUCACUACCACUCAUGGUUUUCAGAAGCCCAGACAUUCUGCACCUGUUUUGGAGAGAGGGGAAUGGUCUGCCACAUUCGAUUUCUUAGGACACAAUGCUCCUGUUAUUGUUGUGAAAUUCAAUCAUUCUAUGUUUAGGAGGAAUUUAACUAAUGCUAAUGAGAUGAAGGCUGUACCUGUUGGUUGGACAAACGGAGCUUCAAAGAUUGGAGGCAAGGAAUCCCCAUCAUAUAAUGUGAUUGCGAUUGGGAGUCAGGAUCGCACCAUAACUGUAUGGACGACAGCAAGUCCUCGCCCUCUUUUUGUUGCCAAACAUUUCUUUACUCAAAGUGUUGUUGAUUUAUCUUGGAGUCCUGAUGGAUAUUCACUUUUUGCGUGUUCCUUGGAUGGGUCAGUAGCAACUUUCCAUUUUGAGGUGAAAGAAAUUGGACAGAGGCUACCUGAUGCGGAGCUUGAUGAGAUAAAGAGAAGUCGUUAUGGUGAUGUUAGAGGUCGACAAGUAAAUUUAGCUGAAACUCCUGCUCAGCUGAUGCUUGAAGCAGCUUCAUUAAGGCAAACCCCAAGUAAGAAAGUGGUCUCAGACACUCAACCAAACCAGACACAUGGAAAAUCUUCAGUCGAUGCGAGGGAUGCUACAAAGACUUUGGAGGCCCAAGUUGACGAUUCAAAGAAGGGUGGGGGGGCUGGUGGGGAUGGUUUAAAUAAGGUAACGUCAGCUUCCCAGAAGAUUUCUAGUCCUGUGAAGCAAAGAGAAUAUAGAAGGCCUGAUGGAAGAAAGAGAAUUAUUCCAGAAGCAGUUGGAGUGCCUGUUCAGCAGGAAAAUAAGUCUGGUGGGAUUCAGAGCAGUAAUGCGCUUGAUUUCCCUUCUAUGUCAUCUGACCAAAAAAAGGAAAAUAAUGGUGUUGCUACCCCUGAAUGUGCCAGGGAAACUUUCGUGAGAGGAAUGCCUAGCAAACAUACUGAUUUAAAGGAGCGUUCAGGGGUCACUGCUCGAGCGACAAUCACUGAGAGUUUAGUCAUUGAGAAGGUUCCACUCUCUUCAGGUAGGGAUGCUGACAUCAUAAUGGAUCAUUCUGGGAAUUUGAAGGCCUCAAAUUCAUUGGCCACCUGUAGUUCUGUUCUGUCAAUUAGAGUGUUUGAUAAGAAAGAAGGGGAGGGUAACGAGCCAAUUUGCUUAGAAGCUCGACCAAAGGAGCAUGCUGCAAAUGACAUUGUUGGGGCUGGAAGCACAUCCAUGUUGAAAGAAACAGUUAUUUCUUGCACCAAGGGAUCUAGAAAUCUGUGGUCUGAUAGGGUCUCAGGGAAAGUCACCGUUUUGGCUGGAAAUGCAAAUUUCUGGGCAGUAGGGUGUGAAGAUGGAUGCUUACAGGUUUAUACCAAGUGUGGUAGACGUGCUAUGCCAGCUAUGAUGAUGGGAUCUGCUGCUACAUUUAUCGAUUGUGAUGAUUGCUGGAAAUUGUUGCUGGUGACAAGGAAGGGUUCCUUGUAUGUGUGGGACCUGUUCAACCGUACUUGUCUCCUUCAUGACUCGUUGGCAUCGCUAAUUCCUUUGAACCCUAACUCAUCUACUAAAGAUUCUGGCACAAUUAAAGUUAUAUCUGCCAAGCUGUCAAAAUCUGGAUCUCCUCUAGUUGUUUUGGCCACUCGCCAUGCUUUUCUCUUUGAUACAAGCCUUACGUGUUGGCUGAGAGUGGCAGACGACUGUUUCCCUGCCUCUAAUUUUUCCAGCUCUUGGAACUUGGGUUCAAUUCAGAGCGGAGAGCUUGCUGCACUUCAGGUUGAUAUCAGGAAAUAUUUGGCUAGAAAGCCAGGUUGGAGCAGGGUGACCGAUGAUGGAAUGCAGACACGUGCUCACCUAGAAACUCAGAUGGCAUCGGCACUAGCAUUGAAGUCACCCAAUGAGUAUCGCCAGUGGCUUCUAUCAUACAUACGGUUUCUGGCAAGAGAAGCAGAUGAAUCUCGGCUACGUGAAGUUUGCGAGAGUUUACUUGGACCACCGACUGGGAUGGCUGGAGAUGCACCAGCAGAUAUAAAGAAUCAAGCCUGGGAUCCUUGUGUGCUUGGAAUGAGAAAACAUAAACUUCUAAGAGAAGACAUACUUCCUGCCAUGGCAUCAAAUAGAAAAGUCCAGCGGCUGCUCAAUGAGUUCAUGGAUCUCCUCUCCGAGUAUGAAAAUGCUGAAAAUAAUGUUGAGCCAAAAGCUUCCCUUCCGUCGACAUCAUGCCAUCUGGAAUUAGAUAAUGAGCAGUCUGCUCCACAGCAAGCAGCAGAUAAAAUGGAAUCUGACCCCCCGACAGUGACUCAUCCAAAGGAUUCCUCCAAGAUGGUAAUGGAUCAAACAAGUUUUUCUCCACCAGUAGAUCAGGGUGAUCUGGGCCAGCCAGUAACAGAUCAAGUUAACCUAGCAUCAGAAGCGAAAGGCUGACUGUUCUUGUUGACCCCAACAGAUCACAUCACAUUUGAAACUAAAUUCUGCAACUGACAUUGAUUAAGCUACGUAUGUAUCACACCAAGUCGUGUUCUUAACGUUCAUUCUUGAUCUAGCCUGCCAGUCCCCUAUACAUAUAUGCAUGACAGAAGCUUUCCAUCUUCGUUAAUCUUCUGCUUCUUGGACAUUCUUUCUCACUACCACAUGUCUGAAGUAAUAGUUGUGGUUCAAGAGUUGAUUCUUAGGAUGGUGGCAAGAAGUGAGAAAUUCUUUUUUCAUUUAACCUUCUUUUUUCUACAUUUGUACAAUGUUAAAACAUAGUGUCUGUUUAGAUAACUGAGCCACUUUUAUCACCAUGUGAGUGUGACGUAGAUUCCCAAGUCCAAAGAUAUCAGUACGACAUCGGUUCAGCCAGGGGACCUACUAUGUUUAGAUGGCCAAGGUCUCCGCAAAUGAUACAGAUUUAGCUACACAUAUUUGUAUGAUAUUGUGUUAAAUGUAGAUCUUGGAUGCUUGUACGUUCAGAUUAGAACUUCUAUCUAUAUCAACCGUGCUUCUGAAACUGCUUUUGAAUCUUUAAUCAGCUAAUUAAAGCUUUGAGCUGAGUUGCAAUGCCA